AUGUCUGCAGGCCAAAGUGAUACGAAAGUUUUGCGGUUUAAUUCUGAUGUACCAACAGAAGUACAGAAAGCGAAAUAUCAAGCGACAGCGAAAUAUGACAUCAAAUUGGUCAGAAAAAGACUCGAGAUUGAAGAGUGGAUGCACUUCGAGCUUAAAAAGCUCUAUUGCUGCGAGGAAGAUGAAGAUUAUGGUGUUGAAAUUGAUGUUGAUGUUCUAAUGGAUGAGUCAGAUGAGAAUGAGCAAACAAAAAUGUUAGCAGAGCUUUUAAAGGGUGCAAAAGAACCUACAGAGGAUUUCAUCAAAGAGUUAAUAAAGAGAGUUGUCACACUAGAGGAAAUACAGAAUUCAGUGAAGAAAGUGUCACAUUAAAAAUGGAAUCUGUUGGCUUUCCUAUAAAGUGGAAUGGCUUUGGUUGGCGUUUCAAAAAUGCAUAAAAGCUAUUGAUGUCAGAAACACUGUUCCAUCGGCAUAAGCUAAUAACAGAGACUGUUUUGCGAAUGAACUACACUGAACACUGUCCCAAACUUACACAUGUACUUGCACUUUGAGCCAUAAACGGUGUGUUUAUAGGUGAGCCAUAGGCCCAGGCAGGGAUGAAGUGUAAAAAAAUGUCCUUGCUUAAGGAAAGAAAUCGAAAAUCGAGAAGUAGACGUUGGCAACUUUUGCAAAAAAGGGCCACCUAGCUACGUACAUAGGGUGGGAAAAUUACAACAGAUGCACAAAGGUGGGGAAAUUACAUAAGAUACACAAAGCUGGGAAAAUUGCUUAGAUUGUUUGACGGAAUGUUAAAAAUAGCCGAAAAAGGCAUAAAUUAACUCCAAAUAUAUAAAACCUUUGAAUUCCUGUAAACAAAAAUAAGAACUUGCUCAAUGUGCCCCCUACCUUCUCUGCCCCUGUCUAUUGUGCCCCGGCCUAUUUAUUGUUAAUUUGUCAAACUCAAUUUUUUAUAACAAACGUGUUAUUAUAUCAUUAUAUCAAUGAUGCUUUC